AUGACUGAAGCAAAGUUUUGUAGUUACUUUAAGAAUUUUAUUCUUUGCGGCGAAAUAGAUUUCCACUGCAUGUUAUGCCAAGAGUCAUUUUUUUAUUUAGAAACUGUGGAUAAGCAUCUGAAGUGGGAAAAACAUAGGAGCUUAUUAAAAAAGCAGGCAUACGACGAACGCUAUAAAAGAGACUUUUUGUACAAGAUCAGAGAUGAUUUUUACUGUGAAGCCUGCAACGAGCUGACCACUGAACCUAAAAAACAUAGACAAUGUAGUUCUCAUGUUGCAGCUAAAAGUGUUUUAAAAAAACCUAAAUUUGAAACAAUGAAUUACCCAAUAACGAGGUGUUCAGAUGGUACAGUUUUUAUUGGCGAUGUCCAAGUGACCGCCUUAGAAUGGCAUGGUAUAAAGAAAGAUUUCUGUACCGUAUGCUCUAGACAGAUUCAAGAUGUAACGAUUCAUAAUACUUUGAAUAUCCACGUAAUUAAUCUGAUACAAUCGAAUACUGUUAAAUGCAAUGAAUAUUAUUACAGAAUGCUAAGUCAUGAGAAGUUCUACUGCUUUAUAUGUCUUAACGUACAUGACAAUAGCACGAUGGAAGAUCAUAUGACUGAAGAUUGUGAUGUAGCUGAAAAAUAUAAAAACAACUAUUCAAACAAGGCAUAUCGAAAUAUGAAAGUUUUAGUUAAAACUGACCCUGAACUUCAUAGCGCACUUCUUAUUAUGAGCCAAGAAUACUAUAAAAUAAAUGAUAAAAAAGGAGAAGCAGAAUGUCGGAUUUGUAACAAAGCAGUAAAAGCAGAUAUAGCGGUUAUGAUCAAACAUAAAGAUAACCAUGAAAAUGAAAAGGAUUCAGAUUGUGGUAAGCCUUACGAUGUUAAGUAUUCAGAAGUCGUUGACCACGGAAAAAGAAGGCACGAACUGGUAAAUUAUGGCAAGGAUAAUUAUAUUAAAUUUAAUACACUAGUAAGUUGGGGUUAUUGCUCCCUGUGCCACACGAGAGUCUCCGCUAGCAUGCGACAGGUAAUGUCUCAUGUGUAUGGAAGACGUCACAAGUGUUUUCUAGAAUUACAUGGCCUUUGGAGACCGAGUAAGCAUGAAAAGACUUAUUGGAGAAAGAUAAAGUUUACGAGCUUUAUGAUAAGCAUUUUUAAAAUUAACGGCUCUUCUUAUCUUGUUAACGAUCAAAUACAAAUACAUUAUUCUUCGUUUAUGCUGUUAGGAAACUAUGGAAUUGAUACAGAUCAGUACAUAUGUUUUGGAUGCAAUGAAGUUAUAGAAAAAUCCGACGCUCAAAAUCAUUGCAAAACAAAGACCCACGUAGACAAAAUGUUGGCCUGUCAUGUUAUGACUGACUAUGAUGAAAAGUCAGAAUUCAUUCGAUUGAUUCGUCCGAACGUAUAUCACUGUGCCGUUUGCGAUCUGAUAUUACCAUAUUGGGAUAAUUUACGUGGACAUAUAUCUGGACUUUCGCAUGGUGCUCGUAGGCGUGUAAGCCUUCUACCUUGCAAUGAAGCAAAUAUUUUACGGUCAAUGCACGGUCCUACGUUAAAUAGGAAUAAUAGUGUUAACAUUCAUCUGAAACGUCUAGGUCUCAUUUAG